AUGAAGAGCGCUCUUCGCUGGUUCGCCCCAUCACCCUCCUCCCCUUCGAGUACCGAGGACCCUAAAGAAAGAGACCCGUCCAGCCGGUCCGCCGCUGCCGCCGCCUCCGCCUCUGCCUCCGCUCACUCUCAUCACUUUCACGCCCACACGCACGCACUCUCGUCACACGCAACCAAGGCACAGCACCCCUCCGCAUCCAGACGCUCCCACUCUCCUGGCACCGCCGACUCCUCAUCGCCCUUGUCGGACAACGUCUUCACAUCACCCUCUCCAGAAUACUCCCACUCAGCCUCACUCACGCCGAACUCGCCCCAACCCGCCACGCCCACCGAUUCUUACGCCCGCGACACCGCAGGCCUUACCCCUUCCAAGCCAAUUACCAUCGCCACCCCAACGCGAUCCUCGGCCAACAAUUCUCCCACCGCUCUCCCACCCAAGUCGAGCUUCGACAGGAAUCCUUUCGGCAUUCCUGAAGACCAGCUCGUGUUCGCUCCCAUUUCCUUUAGUCAGGAUACUGACAUGACCACUGGACCCUCGAUGGAUUCCGCCAUGGGGCGCAGUCGCCAGGACUCCUUUGUGAGCGCCGGACCGAAACCCAUUUCCAUGAACAAUGCCAGCCGCGACAAUGCCAGUCGCCAGAGGCGCGAGAGUCUCGCUGGCAGCCUCAUGGCUGGUGCCAGUUGGGGCGGCAUGUCCCUGGGCAGCUUCAUUCGCGAUGAUAUGCUCAUGGCCGGCACCUCGCCCUUCACCCAUCAACAAUCUCCGUCACUGCAUUCCUCCUCUUACCUUCCAAAAUUCGAGGCCAACUUUAUGAAGGACUUUACGUGCUGCGGACUCAACCUGUCUAACCUGCACGAACUUUUGCAACACUACGAGGAAGCCCACACGCAACCGAGCCCAAAUACCACGAGAAACGGACCUUUCGCCACACAGUUCGCGCCGCUAUCGCCGCCAGCGGGGUCCAGGGCUUCAUCGGCACGGCCCUCUAUUGGCUCCGUUUCAGCUCUGGGCCAACAGAAUGUCUCCAAGCUUCAGCAGUCCCGACCGAGUCCCAGCAUCUCAUCGGCCGGUAUGGCCAGCAUGGGCGUGCAGAUGGGACAGCAGCCGGGUCAGCAGCAUCCCAUGUCAAACCACAUGGAUGAACUGGAUGCAGUCGAGGACAUGGAGAUGGAUGAUGCAGUCGGACACAUGGAGAUGGAUGACGACAGCCAGAGGACGAUGCACCAGACGCGGCAGCUCUUCGGCCAGCAGCAGCGGCCUCAGCUCCAUGUGAAUUCUUCGGGCAUCACACAGGGCCUUCGCACUUCACAGCCCACAACCCCUGCGGCUGCUAGCUUUGGCUUCCAGCACAACCCUACCGUGUCCUCUGUGAAUACCCCUACCCUCACUACUCUCCAAAGCCCCCAGCAGCAGCGCGGAAACACUGGUUUCCAGAACAAUCAGAUGGACAGCAUGGUUGACGAGGAACUUCCUGGCAUGCCUAUGGGGGGCAAUAUGGACCUCAACGGCGCCAACUUUGGCGGCGACAUGGGCUUCGGCAACGCCAACAACAACAAUAUUACCAACUCGGAGUUUUGCAUCAACGACCCUGGCAAGCACCUCUUCAGUCCAGGUGGCGCUCUCACGACUCAACAGAGAGCUCUUCAAGCACAGCUCGUCACACUGGGCUUUGACCCUAGUCAGCCCAACAGCGCUGCCAACACGGCCCUGAUCCAGAAGUUCAGCGCCAUGUUGCACAAUGAGGAACAGAAACCUUUCAAGUGUCCAGUCAUCGGUUGUGAGAAGGCUUAUAAAAACCAAAACGGACUGAAAUAUCACAAGCAGCACGGUCAUCAAACACAGCAGCUCCACGCCAACGAGGACGGAACAUUUUCCAUUGUCAACCCUGAGACGGAUGCGCCCUACCCUGGCACACUUGGUAUGGAGAAGGAGAAGCCAUUUUCCUGCGACGUCUGCGGAAAGCGGUACAAGAACCUCAAUGGUCUUAAAUAUCACAAGGGACAUUCUGCGCCAUGCAAUCCCGACUUCAAGCUCCUGGCGGCUGGGCUGAACAUGCCAGGUGGGCUGCCUGGGCUGAUGGAGAACCAGCUUGGCAAUCUUCCCGGUAUAGGAGAGGAUCAGCAGAUGAUGUAA